AUGUCAACCUUGUACCCAUCGCUGGAAGAUAUGGAGGUUUAUCACAUGUUGACGGCCCAGGACAACAAUACCGUCGGUCCCCAGCCCAGGGCCCCAGCUCCAGCCCCUACUGCAAGAGAGAUGCCGGAACCUCCCAAAGCGGAUGCACCGCCAGUUUUGUACCCAAAUCUCGCCGAUCUCAAUGAUUACAUGGGCCUCUCUCUUUCCAGCGACGAGAUCCAGAGGAAUUUAGGUCUCGUCCCGACAGGCGAUUCUGCCGCGGGUCCACCUUCCUCAGCCCCAGGUCUGUUGGUGGCCCCUGUGACCGGAAAUGACGCGGGGCUGCGUCGAGCAGAGAUCAAACCGGGUUUGCGCGAGAUCCACCUGUGCAAGGACGAACGUGGGAAAACCGGACUGAAGCUGAGGACCAUUGAUAAG